UAUGAUGAGGAUGGUGGUGGUAUUGCUCUCUGUGAUGAUGGUCUGUGUGCUCCUGAUGGAUGCUAUGGUGGAAAGCGCUGCAGAAUUUGAUCCAUAUAAGGUUCUCGGAGUCACCAGAAGUGCAAGCCAAUCAGAAAUCAAGAAAGUGUACAAACGCUUGGCCAAAGAAUGGCAUCCUGAUAAAAACAAAAAUCCUGAAGCAGAAGACAUGUUCAUCAAGAUAACAAAGUCUUAUGAGAUCUUAACAAACGAGGAGAAGAAAGCCAGCUACGAUCGUUAUGGACAAACAGAUAACACUCACCCGUAUGGACGUGGCCAUCAUGGUUUCCGCCACAACUUCUACUUUGAUGAGUCUUUCUUCCACUUUCCCUUCAACAAUAAGGGUGGCCAGGACUUUGCUAACAGCAAGUACACGUUGCAUUUCAGCCAGUAUGUCAAUGAAGUUGUGCCUGACAGCUUCAAGAGGCCUUACUUGAUAAAGAUCACCUCAGACUGGUGCUUCAGCUGCAUCCAUAUCGAGCCAGUCUGGAAAGAAACAGUGCAGGAAUUGGAAACUCUAGGGAUUGGAAUUGGUGUGGUUGAUGUUGGUUACGAGCGGCGUUUAGCAAAUCAUUUGGGAGCACAUCAGACUCCAUCCAUUCUUGGUGUCGUCAACGGAAAAGUGUCUUUCUUCCAUUACGCUGUUGUUAAAGGCCACCUGAUGCAGUUCAUAGAAGAUUUGCUGCCACAGAGACUAGUUGAAAAGGUUACAGUUAAGAACAACCAAGAGUUUCUGAAGAGCUGGCAUAAACUGAACAAGCCACAUGUCCUCUUGUUUGACCAAGUGCCUUCGGUUCCUCUGCUUUAUAAGCUUACAGCAUUUGCCUAUAAGGAUUAUGUGCAGUUUGGAUACGUUGAUCAAGGUCUUUCUGAAACCGCUGACCUGCUGAGAAAAUUCAACUUGAAUACUUAUGCGCCAACCAUGCUUGUCUUCAAAGAGGACGUGGAGAAGCCUGCAGAUAUUAUACAGGCUAAAGGGAUGAAGAAGCAUAUAAUAGAUGAGUUCAUCUCCAAUAACAAGUUCCUCCUGGCUCCUCGUCUGGUAAACCAAAAGCUAUUUGAUGAGCUUUGCCCUGUCAAACAGUUCCAUCGUCGCAGGAAAUAUUGUGUUCUACUCAUUACUGGUGAGGAAGAAUCCUUUGCCACAGGGAAUGAAGCCUUCCUCUCGCUAGCCUCUGACAACACUAAUGACGUGCUUCGGUUUGCUUACGUCUACCAGCGACGUCAGCAGCCCCUAUGUGAUGUUCUCUUAAAGAACAAAGAUAGCACACUACCACAGGUGGUGAUUCUGGAGAGGCGUAACGGAGCUGGUAAGAUUCUGUAUAAGCCAGUUUUGGGUGGAUGGAACGGCAGUAAGGAAGAUAAACACAAGCUCCUGGAGGAACUCGAAAGACUGGAGAAGGAUCCCUCCAUCCUUAACUGUGACGCCGUUCUCCCAGAGCUCAACAAUGAGCUCACCUCGAUGUUUUUAACAAGAUGGAUUUACACAGCAUAUGACUACUUAUCUGAAAUUAUCGCUGAUCUUCUUCACAAUAACUGGCGUGAGAUGAUGCCCCUACUGUCUUUGAUAUUCUCUGCACUUUUUAUUUUAUUUGGCACUGUAGUUAUUCAGGCUUUUAGUGACUCAAGUGAGGAAAAACAGCCCAAAACGAAAGCCAAAGAGGCAUCCAAUGCAGAGAAUGGUUCGCCACACACCUCCAGCACAUCUAGCAGUCGCCCACCAAAGAAAAACUUUGUGGAGGUGACAGAGUUAACCGACAUAACAUACACUAGUAACCUAGUGAAGCUGAGGCCGGGUCACAUCAAUGUAGUUCUGGUACUUACUGAUUCCACAAAGAACAUCCUGCUUAGCAAGUUUGCCAAGGAAGUUUAUUCGUUCACUGGGAGUUUGACGUAGCACUUCUCCUUCCUAAAUGUGGAUAAACACAGUGAAUGGAUGGCGGCCGUGUUGGAAUACGCUCAGGACGCUGUGCAGAUCGACACAGAUGAGGAAGAAGUGUACAGCUGCAAAGUAGACUACACAGGCUAUGUUCUAGCCCUUAAUGGCCAUAAGAAAUAUCUGUGUCUUUUCAAGCCAGUCUACACAGGUGAAGACUUGGAUAGCAAGCCGGAAGAAGAAGGAGGAGGUUCCCGGUCCUGGAAGGGCAUGACACGCUCUCGAUCCACAAGUCUUCAGAUCCAUCACAAACUGGAUCGACUCGGACUCUGGGUGGAGCGACUGAUGGAAGGGACGCUGCCCAGGUACUACGUCCCAGCCU